GAACCCAGCAGGGGAGACGAGGAGCGCAGGGUCGGAUCGAUCUGAGCGCAUGGAAGGCAAGGAAGGAGGAGGAGGAUGAGGAGGCGAUGGACUCGUAAGGCGCUCGGUAGAGAUGCAGGGUUAGUGCGGGAGGGCGGGCGAUGAGGAGGUCGGAUUUCGUGAAGCGGAGGGCGGGCGGUGGCGAAGGAGCUGCUGCUGCUGCAGGGUGGAGACAUUGUGGCGAGUUGUUGUUGUUGGUGGCGGGCGAGUCGAGUGAUCUGGCGACGACGGACGGCAAUCGAGGAUUAGGUGGUGGUUCUCGGUGCGAGGCAGUAGACGCGUAGAUCAGGUGGGGAGGAUGGCGGUGUGAAUUUGUGUGGAGGCGUUCGGAGGUCAGGGCAAAUUGUCGGGUAGAAUUUUCUGACAAAUUUUGGCAAGAAGAAGCAGAAGACGACGACCGUAUGCAGCUUGGUUUUUGUGUAGGACGAGAGCUGAGGGAAGGAGCGCUCGGUGAGACGGAGGGCGCACGGUGAGACGGAUGGGUGAAGAAUGGAAAAUUGCACUUGACCGUGCACUUGAUUUAUAAUUCGCAAUUCCACGAUGCAUGGAGAUUGAACAAUACAUCGAGAAUUGAGUUUUAUAUUUCUCUGGAGGUGGACACCAUGCACUUACUCAGAAGAUCUACAGGUCGGGCAUCGGUCGUUUACGCUCCUGAUCUGCCCGCUCUCCGCAAACGCUUCAGGAUGUUGGUGAUUCUGGUGCUUUGUUGCAUCCAGCUCGGUGCUUGCGCCGUUGGUCAGGAGGAUACCACCUUCAGAGAAAUAAGCACAAUCGAGACUCUUGUUGAGACUCUACAGGAUCCAGAUUUCGACGCACGUGCAGAAUCGGCCGCGAAAGAGCAUGGCAGCAUCAACAUCGAGAGUGGACCUUCUCUGGCUUCCUCCGUCGAGGCGCAUAUGGGCCAGCAACAAACACACGGCGGUCCCAGGAGCCAGCGAGAGCUGCAGCAGUUUAAACUUCAGGACCAAGCCGUCGAAACUUUGUUAACGAAAUGUCAUGAGCCUCUCCAUCGUUUUCAGGAGGAAUCUGCACACUCCAGAGCAAUAUCCCGCACUUUGCUCCAAGACAGCUUCGGGGAGGCCGAUGCGCUCCUGCAAUUCAAGGCCGAAAUCGAAAACUACACGGACAACGCUUUGGAUGAUUGGACAACGGGGAAUCGCUCCGCCUACUGCUCGUGGACGAGGGUCAUCUGCGACGAUGAGCUGCACGUGAUCUCCCUCAACUUCUCCAGGCUGAAGAUGAACGGCACUUUGGGUCCUUCGUUGAGCAAGCUCGAAUACCUCGUGGACCUCGAUCUGAGCCACAAUUUCCUGUUGAGCGAGCUUCCCGUGGAAUGGGGCCGGCUGCAGAGACUGCAGUCCUUGAACGUCCACGAUAAUUUUCUCUUUGGUGGAGUUCCCGCAGAGUACGGCAACAUGUCCAGCCUACGAGUCCUCUACAUCGGAGCACAGGACAAGUUCUUCAACGGGUUCAUUCCGGAGGAGCUGGGUCUGCUCUCUGAGCUCGAGGUUCUGGCCCUGGGCGCGGUCUUCAAUUUCGACGCCAAGCAGGAGUACUUCCGUUACCAGUCGAACGAGAUGAGAGGCCCCAUUCCCAAGUCCAUCGCCAACUGCACAAAGCUGUGGUACUUGGAUUUCUUCGGCAACAAAUAUCUGACGGGUCCCAUUCCGAGAGAGUACGGCCAGCUCGUCAAUCUGGAGUAUCUGAGCUUCGAGCAGAACAAUUUCACAGGCUCCAUCCCGUCCGAGCUGGGCAACCUGACGAAGAUCAAGUAUCUGCACUUGGGAAAUAAUGCCUUGGAGGGAGAGUUCCCCGUGGAGCUGGCGUCGCUGUCGGAGCUCGAGUUCCUGAACGUGAGUAACAACUUCCUGACGGGGAUUUUUCUGACAGUGGAGUCCACUUCGUGGAGUCGGCUGGAAAAGCUCUUCAUCGACGGGAACAACUUUCGUGGCGCCUUUCCCAGAGCUAUGACGGCCAUGACGGCGCUGACGAUCUUGUACAUGUUCGACAACGAGUUCACCGGCGGCCUCCCCGAGAACCUGGGGCAGCUGGCCAACCUCCAAGUGUUCGAUUUCCGCAGCAACCAGCUGGACGGGGAAUUGCCCGACAGCCUCAACAACUGCACGCAGCUCCAAUGGCUGCAGGCAGCGAGCAACAACCUCACGGGCACGCUGGACCCGCUGAGAAACCUCUCGCGGCUCGAACUCCUGUCCGUAGGGUACAACAACCUCACGGGCACGCUGGAGCCGCUGAGAAAUCUCUCGCUGCUCUAUUGGAUAGAAGCAAGGAACAACAAUCUCACAGGCACACUGGACCCGCUGAGAAACCUCUCGUGGCUCCAAGUCCUGUCCGUAGGGUACAGCAGGCUCAGGGGCACGCUGGAGCCGCUGCGAAACCUCUCAAUGCUCUAUUGGAUAAAUGCAGCGAACAACAAUCUCACGGGCACGCUGGAGCCGCUGAGAAACCUCUCGCUGCUCUAUUGGAUAAAUGCAGAGAACAACAAUCUCACAGGCACGCUGGACCCGCUGAGAAACCUCUCGCGGCUCCAACUCCUGUCCGUAGAGUACAACAACCUCACGGGCACGCUGGAGCCGCUGAGAAAUCUCUCGCUGCUCUAUUGGAUAGAAGCAAGGAACAACAAUCUCACAGGCACACUGGACCCGCUGAGAAACCUCUCGUGGCUCCAAGUCCUGUCCGUAGGGUACAGCAGGCUCAGGGGCACGCUGGAGCCGCUGCGAAACCUCUCAAUGCUCUAUUGGAUAAAUGCAGCGAACAACAAUCUCACGGGCACGCUGGAGCCGCUGAGAAACCUCUCGCUGCUCUAUUGGAUAAAUGCAGAGAACAACAAUCUCACAGGCACGCUGGACCCGCUGAGAAACCUCUCGCGGCUCCAACUCCUGUCCGUAGAGUACAACAACCUCACGGGCACGCUGGAGCCGCUGAGAAAUCUCUCGCUGCUCUAUUGGAUAGAAGCAAGGAACAACAAUCUCACAGGCACACUGGACCCGCUGAGAAACCUCUCGUGGCUCCAAGUCCUGUCCGUAGGGUACAGCAGGCUCAGGGGCACGCUGGAGCCGCUGCGAAACCUCUCAAUGCUCUAUUGGAUAAAUGCAGCGAACAACAAUCUCACGGGCACGCUGGAGCCGCUGAGAAACCUCUCGCUGCUCUAUUGGAUAAAUGCAGAGAACAACAAUCUCACAGGCACGCUGGACCCGCUGAGAAACCUCUCGCGGCUCCAACUCCUGUCCGUAGAGUACAACAACCUCACGGGCACGCUGGAGCCGCUGAGAAAUCUCUCGCUGCUCUAUUGGAUAGAAGCAAGGAACAACAAUCUCACAGGCACACUGGACCCGCUGAGAAACCUCUCGUGGCUCCAAGUCCUGUCCGUAGGGUACAGCAGGCUCAGGGGCACGCUGGAGCCGCUGCGAAACCUCUCAAUGCUCUAUUGGAUAAAUGCAGCGAACAACAAUCUCACGGGCACGCUGGAGCCGCUGAGAAACCUCUCGCUGCUCUAUUGGAUAAAUGCAGAGAACAACAAUCUCACAGGCACGCUGGACCCGCUGAGAAAUCUCUCGCUGCUCGAAUCCCUGUCCGUAGGGUUCAACAAUCUCACGGGCACGCUGGACUCGCUGAGAAACCUCUCGCUGCUCGGUUACCUGCUCGCAAAGAACAACAAUCUCAAUGGCACUCUGGAGCCGCUGAGAGAUCUCUUGAUGCUCUAUUCGAUAGAAGCAUCGAACAACAGGUUCACGGGCACGCUGGAGCCGCUGAGAAACCUCUCGCUGCUCGAAUGGCUGUCCGUAGGGUACAACAGGUUCACGGGCACGCUGGAGCCGUUGAGAAACCUCUCGCUGCUCUAUUUGAUAGAAGUAUCGAACAACAGGUUCACGGGCACGCUGGAUCCGCUGAGAAACCUCUCGCAGCUCCUUUACCUGUACGCAUAUAACAACAGGUUCACGGGCACGUUGGAGCCGCUGAGAAACCUCUUGCUGCUCUAUUCGAUCAGUCUGGGCAACAAUUCUCUGACGGGAGGAAUCCCUCCAGAGCUGGGGCGACUGCAGUACAUGGUGGCUCUCUUCCUCCACAGCAACAACCUCACGGGAACCAUUCCCGCGUCUCUGGCGAACUGCAGCUCCAUGAGAAACAUAAGGCUGAGCAAAAACAAGCUCACGGGCACAGUCACUCAGAUUGACUUCUUGCAGCUGCGAUCCCUCGAGACCUUCUCUGUCAACGGGAACCAGCUGAGCGGAGAGUUUCCCGUGAGCGUGUACAACUGCACGGAACUGAAGCUCCUGGACCUGAGCAGCAAUGAAUUCUCAGAGGAGCUCCCCGACAACUACGAGUACUCUCAGCCAGUGCUGCGCGAAUUGCGAGUUUUGAAAUUAUCAUCCAACAAAUUCGGCGGCAGCGUGCCCGGCUGGAUCUGGAAGCUUCCGGAGCUGCAAGUGCUCGACUUGUCGCACAACUCGUUCACGGGAGUGUGCCCGACCAAUCUCUCGGGCUUGGAAGGCUUUAUUCGACUCGAAGCGUCGCCAGACGUCGCCUUCAAAGUGCAAAUCUCCAUUGAGGCCAAAGGUUCGCGACUCGAACUCGAGUACGUCCUCGAGACUCUAUUCUCCAUCGACCUGUCAUACAACCAGCUCUCUGGGAGGCUCACGUACGCGCUUGGAGACCUGCGCGGGUUGACGUACUUGAAUCUGAGGCACAAUAAUUUCUCGGGCGAAAUCCCUCAGGUUUUCGAAGAUCUGCUGCGUCUUCAGUCGCUGGAUUUGUCGGCCAACUAUCUCACGGGGAAGAUUCCUGCGGUGCUGAGCAGGCCCAGCUUGAGCUAUCUGAAUCUCUCCUACAACUUCCUCGAGGGCGAGAUCCCCACGGCGAAUGCUUUCUCCACGAGGUACGACAUUACGUCCUUCAAGCCCGGGAACGAUCAGCUCUGCGGGGCCCCGCUCGAGACCACUUGUGCGGCGCAAGACAGCAACGCAAGCGGAAGCUCGGCCACACUCGGGGCUCCGCCGUUCAAGCUCCUGGAUGGUACAUUCUGGCGGGCCUUCGAGAUCGGAAUUCCGAUCGGGGUCGUGAUUGUGAUCGGGGUCGUGAUCGGAACGCUGAGAACAGUGCCCCGCGCACGACACUGGCUACUGCAUACUCAAGAUUUCGCUCGCCAUUUCAAUAAAGGUAGAUACGGAGUGUUCAACGAACCGACAUAGACUGAAUCAUUCAGCAGCUGACUGAUGCGUACGCGACUGCUCGCUUUGCACCCGGCUGGACCCCGGGGUCCAACCGGGGCUUACGAGAUUCCGCAUGAAUGGGGACUCGUUGUCCGCCAUACACAUGUGCUACUGCUGCUGGGCCUGUAGAUAGCACAGCGUUGACUGCACUGAGUUGCUCCAAUUGGACUGUGUAAAGUAAAGCCAGAUUCCACGACGAUUCAUGAUUGCAGUAUUACUCCUCUUGGAAGCUUUUGUCUCCAGUUUGGAGAAGCUUCAUUGUAAUUACUUGAUGGGACCGUUGGAGACUCAAAUCAGUUGAUGGGACCCACCACGUUUUAUUUUAUGAUAGGACCACAUUUGACAGAAAUGCAUGUCGCUCCUCCCUGAAGAACUCAGGAAUCCUUUCCUCUCGACGGGGUCCACUUCCAGCGGCGAGACUUCCACACUUUCGAUGUAUCAGACUGGGAAAUGAUUCUUGGAUCUAUUCGCUGAACGUAAUCUAGCCGCUUUCCAGAUGCGCUCAGACUUCCAGAAAGUCUCGGCUUCCAUAAGACUGCAGCUGGGAACGAGAAAGACAGUUCACAGGAAGCUGAUCAGAUGCAUGUUCAACCAAGCAAGAUCGACUUCGACGUCCUGAUCAGGCAACUCCUCCGUCAAUGUCACAGACAAUUUAGUACAACCCGUUCAGCUGGCAGACAUUCUUACAAAAUCUCUUGGCCGAGUUAGAUUCCUAGACCUGCGCUUGAAGAUCGGCGUAGUCAAGAUUCUCGCCAACUAGUCAACUAGAUUAGUGGAGUAUUGUUAGAUAAUCUUUGUUGUCUUCUAGUUUUAGUAAUAUAUCUGCAAUUGUAGUUGUCAACUAUCAUUAGAAUAGUGACUGCUCUUUGUCUCCCUAUACACGCCUAGUGUAGUUAGGUAGUUAACUCCUGCAUGGAAUUCAUGCUGUGAUAGUAAAUCCCAAUACUAGGGCAUGGUCCCUAUGUAUUCUUUAUGACUAGUAGUAAUACGUGCCAAGCUCUCAG